UCAGCGGUGGGCUGACAGUGUGCGAAGACCACCCAGAUGGAGCUUGUGACUCCAGCGGAGGAGGACAGCCAAGCCGGACGCCAGGAGCCGCGCAUCCGCUCCCGGAGGAGGCUGGCCGGGGUCAGCUCGCCCGGUCUUGCCGCCGCACGGCUCACCUUGCCCGGUGUCAUGGACGCCGAGGGGAGGGUGGACGAGUCUCGACUGAGAAUGCACAUUUUCAAAAACGGUGGCGUAUCUCCGAGUGAGCGCGGCCUGGCGUGGCGCUUCCUGUUCGGGAUGUACCCGUGCGGCUCGACUGCUUUAGAGCGUCCUCUGCUUCAGGAGCAGCUGGCUGUGCGUUACCAGGUUAUGAAGACAAAGUGGCAGAACUUCCUCCCCUCUGCUGUACAGAUUCACCUCAACGGCACUGAUGCUGAGCUGGUGGCGGCGGUUGGAUAUUUUAACCAGAGGCAAGCACUGGUUCAGCAACAGGUUGAUGACUUGAACGACGAGGUUCGAGACAGGGUGACGUUUUUGGAGCUUCAGGCGCAGAUAUUGUUUGAGCGUGUUUCGUUUGACCAGGAAGAACUUCAGGAAGCCAUUCGGAUUAUUAACAAAGAUGUCCCAAGAACCAACAGAGACCUGAGCUACUACCAAGGUGAAGGUUUGGGGAAUCUGCUGGUGCUGAGAGACAUCCUAAUCACCUAUGCUGCUUUCCAUCCAGAGGUGAGUUACGCCCAAGGAAUGAACGACCUCUGCAGCCGAUUCCUGGAGGUCAUGGACUGCGAGGUUGACAGUUUCUGGAGUUUUUCAUGCUACAUGGAGAAAUUCGCCAAGGAUUUUCGAGAGGAUGGCCUGCACAGAAAAAUAGAGUUGGAGGCGGCCCUGUUAAAGGAAUUGGACCCUCAACUUCACGUCCACUUGGUCACAGACAGCAUGGAGAGCUUCACUUUUUGUCACAGAUGGCUGCUGCUAGGCUUCCAGAGAGAAUUCGAAUACAGCGAUGCAUUACGCUUGUUCGAGCUCCUGAGCUGUGAUCACCUGGAGCUCAUUACCCAGCAAGUAGACCGAGCCCGUUACCAGGAAAGGGUAGCCCAAAAAUAUUGUACAGAUGAGUGUGAUCCAGAGCUGCAGGCCGUCAACACAGACUUUACGUUUGAGCUGUUCAUCUGCGCAGCCAUCCUUUUGGACCACAGAGACACUCUGCUGCAAUGUCAAGAUGAAGUCCAGCUGAUCCAGUUCACCAGCAGUCUUCAGGGAACACUGGACUUGAACAGCACACUGAAGAAAGCGGAGCAACAUUUCUUCAACUACUGCAAACGUUGCGCUUGGGACUGCAUGAACUGCCGCUGUAGAGCACACAAAAGCAAAGAAGAAGACUUUUUAUAUCAGCUUCGCAGUUUAUUUGUUUUAAGAUAAGACUGACUAAGUUAGUCCUUGUGACUUCUUUUGGAACAAGGCUCCAAAACAUGUUUAAAGGGUUAAUGCAAUAUUUAGCUCCUGAGGUGACAGAUAACAGGUGGUGGUAGUAACAUACUCUGGUUAUAUUUAAAAUGAUUUAUGUAACAAGUGUGUAUAUCCACGUUUUGGACAGUGACUGAAGGAAUGGGCAGUGAGUGAAAGAAAAAAAAUAUCAACCUUUGUUAAUGUUCACAUACCAAAUCAUUUUGUUGUCUUUCAUCUUUUUAAUACAAGUAUAAAUAAAAGACUGAAACAAUGUA